AGAACCGAAUGACAGUGAUCAAAGCACUGAACAUCCCACAUGUCAUCCGAUGAACAAAUUGAAACAGACAUGACUAUGUUCCGGCUUUAGCAUCAUUCACGGGUGUAUUUUGGGUCACAGAACUUGCUUUGCUCUUGAAAUACCUGUGGUAUUUGGCGCUGCCAAAUGGAAUAACAGAAAAGGAAUACAAGUAUCUUCUAACCAUGCUCAUUGGAUCUAAAUAAUUAUGUGUUGGUUGUACCUGAAGAAUCAGAUUCAUGAAAAGCAUCAUUCUAGCUGCUUGAAUCGUCAUGGAGCUUAGAUAACAUCAGUUGCUUAAAGAACAUUCACGAAAAGUCUCUCGGACAUGACAAAAACAAAGGCAAAGCAGACAAAGAGGGGACACAUUGCUAAUGCCACAUUAUUUACUAAUGGAGUCACCUGGGAAGGCCUCCAUAAACAAAUGGACCAAAUGCUUUGCAUCACAUCGGGACUGCACAAAUUGAUUCGAAGAUUGUUAGACCAACCAGUACCAUUCGCCACACCAUGGAAGAUAAAAGAACUGUAGAAAAGAGAAUAUGGAGCAAACAAAAAUCAGCAUUCAGACUACAAAUAGUAGUUACUGUCCAAUAAGUCAUGAAGCAUUUUUCUUUACUAUUUCCUCUUCUUCGAUUAAGACUCCAGCUAUCUAUUGAGAAUUCGACAGAAACAGACAGACAAAACCUUCAUUUGCUGUCUUUAAUAGUAUUUUUUUUUUUUUUUUUUUUGCCCAUUUUGGCUUGUUACUGUCUUUACUGGUUAUACAAGAACAAGAAGGCAUGUAAAUGGAAAUGCACUAUGGUUAACCUGAUGUCACAAGGAAUAUGCAAUUUGGGGACAAGGACAUCAUCAGUGGGGCUUCUGGAAAGGUUUGGCUCCUAGAAACAUUGGAAACAUCAAAGAAUUCAUUGUCUGAUAUAGACAAAGUUGAAUCUAGUCCAGAACAUCUAAAUUCCAUUCUCAUAAAGAGUGUACCUUCCCUGAGGAAGUCAGGAACCACAGACGACUUCCACCAUGUCUCCUCAGCAUCGCUCCCACGUCCCCAAAUUCGGCAGCUGGGACAGGGGCAAGGACGAAGUUCGAUACACGGCCUACUUUGAUAAUGCACGCCAAGAGAAAGCCGGAGUCAGGAUAAAUCCUAAUGACCCUGAGGAGAAUCCAGAGGCCUUCAUGCCUGGACCCAUCUGUGACAUGGAAAAGAUUUUCAAUUCAGUCCAAGCCAUUUCAUCCACGAAAAGACAAGGCAGCCAGGUAAGCGCGCCAGUGCUCAUAGAAGAAGCCUUUCCGAUCAACCAAAAGCAGGUUACACUACUGGCUCGUCUUCAUCAAUGCAAAGAGGUAGGAGGUACCGAAGAGAAAGGGAUGCAACCAAUCCAUGUGAUCAUCCUGUAAGUUACUUCAUGAUUCAGAAGCUAUCUCUACAGCAAAUAACAAAGUAUUCUUUUGGCAUAUUGAUAAGCGUCUGCCUUAGAAAGAAAUCAGAAC